GAGAACCGUAUCAGAUUUCACACCUAACCCCACCAGAGCAGAGACGUGACACGGGAUCGAAUGGAAAGUUAGUGAACGGAACUGAAUGUGUUAACAUCCCUGUGUGGUAUGCGCCAGGUACAAGCGGAAAGAAGAGCACAACUUCAGGUUUAUAACUGAAACCAGCUUAAUCAUGCCGGCCCAUCGCUCUCCAUUCUUCUUCCCAGACCAGAUGACUCUCAUCCUAGUGACCGUUCUCCUGAUGCUGGUUUCUGAAGUUCAUACCCAAGGCCGGCUGAAGCUGACGGUUCUGUCUGAAGAUCGGCUGCAGAUGAAAUGGAAGGAGGCAGAGGGGCCAGUGCAGGGCUACAAGGUCCGUGUUCGGCCUAUUACAGAGAUUCCUCAGCCAGAGCUAAUGCUGACAACCACACGCGGCCGAGCCACAGUGGCAGGCCUGGACUCCAGACAGGAAUACCUCCUCCAAGUCCUGCUGCUCAAUGGAACGCAGGAGAAACUCAUUGCAAAGAGACACUUCACCAUUGAUGGUUUGCGUGAAGAGGAGAUAAUCCGCAAUGGAAACAGGGAGCAGAAGAAGAAGAUUCCAGCCAUUGGCUCUGGCUCUGGGGAGGUGGAUGAUGUGACAGAAGCUCUGGCAUCCUUGCCCACAGUGCUCUACCGAGAAUCAGCAAACACAGAGCCCCCUGCUUUACCUGAGGUUGAGCCAGAGAUUGAUAAAAGUACCAAAGAGAAGAAGAAGAAAAAAGACAAGAACCGUUCCAAGACUGAGGGUAAAAAUGAUCAAGAAGAAACCAGAGGAAAGCCAGUGAGAAAUGACUUCCCUAACACUAACAAACCAAAGAAAUCCACCCCAUCCCAACCUGUCACAGCUGUGUCCACACGGAAACCGUUUGAAUGCAGCGCUGGCGCACAGGCAGAUCUGGUCCUUCUAGUGGACGGAUCCUGGAGCAUCGGCCGCACCAACUUCAGAAAGGUGCGCGACUUCUUAGAGGGGCUGGCUGUUCCCUUUCACAUUGGCCCAGAGGGCGUGCAGAUAGCAUUAUCUCAGUAUAGUGGAGACCCACGCACAGAGUGGAAUCUUAAUAACUUCACCUCUAGAGAGCCGCUUCUGGAGGCCAUCAGGAACUUCAGAUACAAGGGAGGCAACACCUUCACAGGUCAGGCUCUCAUCCAUGUUCUUGAGAACAAUCUGAAAGAGGAGGCAGGGGCGCGUCCCAACACACCACAGUUCCUGCUGCUCUUGACUGAUGGCAAAUCUCAGGACGAUGCCAUAUCUGCAGCCAACAGGCUGAAGAACGUCGGCGUGGAGAUCAUUGCUAUCGGUGUGAAAAAUGCAGAUGAGGCAGAGUUGAGACAGGUGGCGUCUGAGCCUCUGGAGCUAAAUGUGUAUAAUGUGAAUGAUUUUCCUCUGCUCAGUAAACUGGUGGGAAGACUGGCUCGUAUUGUCUGUGGCAAGAUUGAAGACCAUAUUAAAGCAAGGAGAAUGGAGCGUCCCACUCAGGACCCAGUUCUGUCCUACCCGAGCCCAUCUGAUCUGCAGUACGUAGGACUAGGUUCAAGAGAGGUGCGUCUGCGGUGGACCGCCUCCAGCAGAGCUCCCCAGCAGUACAGAGUGGUGUACCACACCGCUGAAGGACAGAGUCUGAAGGAGGUGGUGGUAAAUGGAACAGACUCAACAGCACUGCUGACAGGACUGUCCUCACAGACACAGUAUCAUAUAUCCAUCUUCCCUGUAUAUGAGAAUAAUGUGGGCUCUGCUCUUAGAGGCACCUUUACAACAUUGCCAUUAGCCAUGCCCGAGGCUCUAGAGGUAACUGCCUCCUCCCCCAGCAGUCUGCGGGUACGCUGGCAGCCGGCUGCAGGAGCUACACAGUACAUGGCCUUGUACUCAGCACUCACUGAUGGAGAACCUGAUGAUGCCAGAGAGGUGAAGUUCGGACCUGCUCAGACGGACGUAGAGUUGGUGGAUCUGAUGCCAUCCACAGAUUAUUCAGUCACACUUUAUGCUCUUUAUGAUGAGGACCCGAGUGAUCCAGUCACAGCCAUCAGCACAACCUUCCCAUUGCCGUCUCCUCUCAGUUUGCAGUUUCCCAUGAUCAGUCACAGCACUCUGAGGUUAACAUGGGUCCCUGGAGCGGUCGAUGUUCCCUCCCACCGCAUCAUCUACAGCACCAAUCAUGGCAGUGAUGUCAAGAAGGUGGAGGUCAAGGGUGUGAACACAAUGUUACUGCAGAAUCUGUCUUCACUCUCCAGAUAUCUAGUGUCAGUGCAGUCACUCUUUGACAAGGGCCUGUCCACUCCUGUCACAGCCAAUGUCACUACCUUGAAGGUGCCAGCUCCCUCAGAUCUGAGAGUCACUAACUUCUCUGGCAGUGACAUAACAGUGCGAUGGGAAGCCGCGGCGGAUGACGUGGUCUCUUAUCUCAUCAAGUGGAUCUCCCUCAGUGGGGGAGAUCUCAGGCAGCUGAAAGUCGAUGGGGAGAGUGAGGGAGCCAUCUUGGAAGGGGUUGAGGAAGAUAAGGAAUAUCAGAUCUCAUUGUCGGCACUAUAUGCUGAUGGGGCUCAGAGUGAGGCUGUGGCAAUACGAUAUAGCACCUUAUCAGGAGGUGGACCCAGCAGUUUAUCUAUCUCAGAGGAGACAGCAGUUAGUAUGCUGGUCAGCUGGAUUCAUCCCAAUGCCCACGUACAACAGUACCAUGUGUCCUACACUCCCCUCACUGGAGACGCGAGGGAGAACACAGUGUCAUUGCCUGGCAGCGAGAGGCGCAUCCUGCUGCAGAAUCUGCUGCCUGACACUCGUUACAGUGUGCUGGUCACUGCUGAGUACCGCAACAGGGAGGGCGGCAGUGCCUCAGCUCAGGGGAAGACCACCAGUCUGAGGGUCAGCAGUGUGAGUGUGGUUCGGUCCGAUCACUCCAGUAUCUGUGUGUCCUGGAGGCCUGUAGUUGCAGUCAGCGGUUAUCGCAUAGUCAUCCAGGCCCUCAGAGAUAAACACACAAAGGAGGAGAUAGUGAAUGCUCCUAGCAGCAGUCACUGUUUCUUAGAACUGCAGCCUGAAACAGUGUAUCGCAUCAGUGUGUAUUCCCGUCUGGGAACAGUAGAGGGCGCCGCAGUCACCAUCCUUCACCCCACUGCAACUGCUCCAGUGAGGAUUCAGGUUCCUCCUCGACUGCAUCCCAUUCAAAACGAAGUGUGUCCUGAGAUGACAGUCAGAAAUCACAUAGGUAAAGGCUUCAACAUGAUGGAAGCAUUUGGUCUAACUCAGAGAGCUCAUUCUUCUAUUGAGGGUGUGGCAGCCGAGCCAUUCAUCUUCAGUACCUUGCCCAGUUACACCAUUUACAGAGACGUACAACUGACCCAGAGCACAGGUUUCAUCCACCCCGCUGGGUUUUCUCCAGAACAUACCAUCAGCAUGGUCUUCAGGCUUCUGCAGGACUCACCAAGAGAGCCCUUCGCCCUCUGGCAGCUCACAGACAAUGACUUCCAGCCUAAGAUGGGGGUUGUGCUGGACCAUGAGAAGAAAGUGCUGCUGUAUUUCAGUCUGGACUACAGAGGAGAGAUACAGCAGCUGACCUUUGACCAGCCACAAGUCCAUUCUAUCUUCUACGGCAGCUUUCAUAAGAUUCAUUUAUCUGUCAGUCAGGUGAGCGUAUCACUGUCUAUAGAUUGCCAGCGAGUUGGUGAGAGGCCUGCACGUCCCUUGGGAACUUUGCCAACUGAUGGCUUUGAGAUGCUGGGCAAGCUAGUUAGGACAAGAGGGCCACACAGCGGAUCUGCAGCUUUUCAGCUGCAGUCCUUUGAGAUUGUGUGCAACACUACCUGGGCUUCAGAAGAUACCUGCUGUGAUGUGCCUGCACAGAGAGAUGAGGAGAGCUGUCCGGCCCCUCCAUAUGCAUGCACCUGUACCACCAACGUCCCCGGAGCAGCUGGAGAUAAUGGUCCACCUGGAAAACCUGGCCUUCGUGGGGAAAAGGGAGAAAAAGGAGAAGUGGGGCAAAAGGGUGAGAUGGGCCCUCCAGGCAAGCCAGGCCCUGAGGGCAACUUUGGCACCAUUGGAUCUGCUGGUCCACGGGGAAUAACAGUAAUGGGAAAAGUGGGUCCACCAGGAGCCAGAGGGGAAAAAGGAGAUAUUGGAAGGCCUGGUAGUCAAGGUUUACCAGGGCCUCCUGGUCAAAAAGGUGAAGAGGGCAUUCCUGGUCCUAAGGGCACCAGAGGAGUAGAAGGUAACAUAGGUCCCCCAGGAAUUACUGGCCCGAGAGGUUUUCAGGGUAUACCCGGCCAUCCAGGACCAGUGGGAGAGAGAGGACCACUAGGUCCUCUAGGGCCCACAGGGCUUCCAGGAAGUAAGGGUGAGAGGGGAGAGAAGGGAGAGCCACAGUCUCUUGCCAUAAUCUUCCAGCUUGUUACACAGGCCUGUGAAAAGCUUGUGCACAAUGAGGUGCUGAAGUUGGACACAUUUCUAAAUGAGAUAAAUCGGAAGCCAGUGCCCAUCCAGGAACCAGUAGCUCCACCAGGAGAGCCAGGUAUACCUGGGGGAAGGGGGACACCAGGACCACGCGGACCUCAGGGGCGACAAGGAAGCAGAGGGGAGUAUGGGAAACCUGGGUACCCUGGUGAACAGGGACGUAGUGGUAUGCCUGGUGAAAAGGGGUCUCCAGGAGCCAAUAUGCUGGGACCACAAGGAAUAAAGGGAUUUGCAGGACCUCCAGGUGAAGCCAAAACAGGGGAACCAGGCCCCAAAGGAGAAGAUGGUAAAUCAGGACCUCCUGGUAUACCAGGAGCUCUGGGGAAACAAGGAGAAAUUGGCCCUCCUGGUGUUUGUGACAGCAGUGGAUGUUAUCGAGGAGCCCCUGCUGCGGAGGAUCCAUACCUCGGAUACCAGCCUUGAGUUGCAAAGUUUGUAAAAAAGUUACUUUGUGUUACUUCAUUGCUACCAGAAUCAUCUCCCUCUCCACACUUUGUGAAAAGACGUUGUGGAAAGUAACAGAUAAAGUGAUUCUGCCAAAAGUUAACUUUCAAUAAGCCUGUUUAUGGACCCUAUUGACUUUAUUUUCUCUAAGCAAUAGCUGAUCUCAGUUCCCAACUCACAUACUGAGAUCACCAAAGCACUGAUCAUCCCUGACCCCUGUCUACACUACCCAGUAUUCAACCUGAUCUGCUGCUACGAGACAACAGCAGAUUCUUGUGUGGAACUGAUUUUGUGCUGCACUGAUGUUCUGUUUGAAAGCUGAGGAGGUCUCACACACACACACACACACACACACACACACACACUCAGACUCUUAUAUUUUAGAGGUAGACAUUUUCAGAUGAGGAACUAGUUACUGUUACUGAAUGAUAGCUAAAAUCUGCACUAAGAAUGUUUCUAAUAUUUUAUGUAUUUUAUUGUAUUUAAUGCACUGUAUGUGUUUUAAUUUUAUAUUGUUGAAGGCAUAUUACUUUCAAUACUUUCCAUUCCAGUAUCUUGAUCUCUUGCUUUCUGAUUUUUGUUCCAAGUAUUUUUUUUAAUGAAAUAAGCAAUAUUUUGCAAUAGCAAUACAUGUCAAUAUGAAAUACACUGUGAUAUUGCAUUAUUUGACUUUUCUACAUAUUGUGCAGAUAUGCUGUCUAUUAUGGCAAGCCAAAUUGACUUUUGUUCAUUCACAGGAUUUGAAAUGUUUAAAUCAACAAUUAAAAUUUUACUAGUUAAAAUGCUAAUUCUUGAUAUCAGGAAUGUAACUAGAACUAGUGGAAAUUCCAAUUCUUAAUAUCAGUAAUUACUUCUGCACUAGUAGAAAUACAUAUUCUACAUAUCAAACAUUAAAUGUUCUCUAGUAAACACUGUAAUUCUUGAUAUCUGUAACUUCAUUUUCACUAGUAGAAUUUUAAAAUGAUCUGUGAUACUACUGCAAGCCAAACUGACUUUAAAUCACUUGCAGGAUAGGAAUUGUUGAUAUCAAAAAUUAAAUUUUCACUGGUUAAGAUGCUAAUUCUUGAUAUCAGGAAUGUACUUACUACCAGUGAAAGUGUAAAUUAUAGUUAAUUAACUGGUUGAUUUUUUUAUUUUAUUUCACAUUCAUCAGUCAUUCAUUUCUAUUCAAAACCCAAUUAUGGAUAUCUAAAAUUAGUUUCUUUUUACUAGUUGUAAUUCAAUUGUUAGUAUCAGGAAGUGAUAUUUGCACUAGUACCACGGAAAUUUGAAAAAGUAAAAAACAACAAUUUGACAUUGCCGAAUAUGACAUUAUAACUGUUUUGUUCAGCUUACUAAAGACUGGUUGGAAAUCAUGAGUUUAUUUAUGAAAAUUGUAUUCUAUUGACUGCCCAAGUUCAAACUGUAAGAAAUAUAAAAAAAAUCUGUGCAUUGGUUUGUGAUAAUAAAAAAUAAAAAAUUAUUGAACCUGUAGCUGUCACCUUUAGCUGAAUAUGGUUGUAAGGCCAUAUUCUCAGUAAAGCUGCUUUGGAAUAAUAUUUAUUGCGAAAGCGAUAUACGAAUACAUUUAAAUGUAAUUUAAAAUGUUUCUCUUAUGGUUUAUAUACAAACAUUAAAGGGUUAUUUCACCAAAAAAUUCUCUCAUCAUUUAUAUAACAUAAGGGCAACAUGAAAGUUC